AUGUGUCGUCGUCGUAUCAUUGAUGUUGAAUCAAAGUGGUGGUGUAAACGGAGCAGUGUAUCAAGUGAUGAAAUGGUUAUUAGACAAGGAACUUAUUCUACAUCAACUGGUGGAUCCUAUUAUAGACAAUUUACAUUGAAAGGAACUGAAAGUCAACCAAUUAGAGUUUAUGCUUUGAAAAACGAAACUGUGGAAAUUAAGGGAGAUGCAGCUGGUAGUCAAAAUAUUCUCAAUUUUGAUGUUGAAUAUUUUGUGAUGGAUAAUAUUGGGUUCUCACAAGGUAGUCGUGGAUUGAGAUUUUUAAAUUCGAAACAUUCAGUUUAUUCUAAUUUGAGAGUUAAAAACACAGGAGAUGUUGGUAUUGCCAUGAAUGACGGAAAUGCUAUUUAUCAAAACAAUACUUUAAGAUAUAAUGAAGUUUCGUAUACUGGAGGAACUGGUGAAUGUUUCUAUUUGGGUUGUAACAAUGCUGAUUGCAAAUUCAUUUUCAAUUUAUUGGAAAAUAACUAUUGCCACCACACAUCUACCACCUCCCAAGGAGAUGGUAUUGAAAUCAAAGCUGGAAGUUAUGGAAAUCUUGUCAGAAACAAUGUCAUUCAUGAUGGAAAGUAUCCAGGCAUUACCUUGUACAGCACUUAUGUGUCUGGUGGUGAUGCAGCUGUUGGUAUUGCUAAUCCAAAUAUUAUUGAAGGAAAUAUCAUUUGGACAGUCGUUGAUAAUGGUAUACAAGUGACAGGUAAUGCAAUUAUUAGAAAUAACAUUAUUUAUAAUGCAGGUGCUAGUGGAAUUGCCAUUCAAGUCAAUCAAGGAACUGUCGAAAAUGUCAAAGUAUUGCACAAUACAGUUGUCAAAGCAGGUGCUGCUUGUAUUAGAGUGACAAAUUCAGGACCAGGAAUUGUCAUUGCUAAUAAUGCUGCCUAUUGUGAAGCUACCAAUUCAAUUUAUAUUGCUGCUGCAUUGCCUGCUGAUGGUGUCAUUUCAAGAAAUGUCAUUCAGGGAUCGACUAAUGUUCAAGUUGCGAAUGGAACUCUCAAUAUUGGUAAAUUCACAACUGAUUUCCAAAGUACUAGCGCCUUGCCAUAUAAUGUUUUCCCAGUUACUUCCAGUAAUGUGCUUGGAAAGGCAGAUUCAAAGUAUGCAACCACUUAUGAUUUCAAUUUUAAUACUAGAAAUGGACCAACUUAUGACUGUGGUGCUUAUCAAGCUAAUGGAGCUACUUCAAAUCCUGGUUGGAUUCCAAAAGCUGGAUUCAAGACAACCACAGCUCCUACACCUAAUACAUCUACUAAGACUAAUGGUGCUGCUGUUGGAAGCUUUGUGUCAACUCUUGCACUUGUUUUCGUUGCACUUGUGGUAAUGUUUACUUUGAAUUAA